GUUACAACAAAUCGUCCGUGUCGCCACUCGCAGAAAACCAACUACCCCAAGUCAUGUCUACAUCGGAACCAAAAAUGGACGUCGAUUCUCAAACUACCACAUCGCCACCUCAAGAAGAUACCAACGGGGAAUCGGCGCCGCCGGAGAGCUCUGGGGCAGCACAAGCUGAACCUCCCACGAGUCGCCUGGAGAGGGUGAAGCCGCGAGAUCUGUGCGAAUUCAAGCACUCUAUGCAGCUUGUGGAGGUCAUGCUUGGCGCAAUAGUAGCGCACAAACAGCUGCACGACGACGCAGGGAUCCUCCACGGGGAUAUCAACCCGAACACGAUCGUCAUGCUGGAAGGCGAAGAUGGAAAGGUGAGGGGAGCGCUGAUCGACUACGAUAUGCCCUUGUGCGAGGCGGCCAUGCGGAAGCUACUGAAGCCGGACCGGGCAGUCCCGCCACCCCAACAGAAGCGGUACCGGAUGGGCUACUGGCAUUGAUCGAGUAUUGGUGCAUACUGAAAUCGUGUACGAUGGAAUGAUGAAGCAAGAUAUCGACUCCCAUUCAUGCAUCGCCGAGCUCAAAUGUAUUAGACUGCGGUUGUAUCAUAUACUUACACCCACUUCAGUACGUACACUCUUGCGAACGGUC